GUGACGCGGAGCCCGGGCUGAGCAGCUGCUCCCUGGUUCUCCACGUGCUGCCAGCAGCGCUGCAGCUGCCCGAGCCGGAGCGGAGCCGCUGUUCUCAGCUGCAGCCAGGACAUGCCCCCGGCCCCGCUGGGAUCCAGGCCAGAGAAUAACAUCCAUGUUUCGCUGCAGAUCAUCUCGUCCUCCCAGGGGCAAGGAAAUGGCUGCAAUGGAGCUGGCUCAGAGUUUCUGGUUUUCCAACGUGAUAUGAUCUCCCAGCUGGAACAAGGGGAAGAGCCAUGGGUCCCAGAGCUCCAGGGUUCAGAGGAAAGAGAGAUCCUGAGAUCUCCCCGCACAGAUGAGGAAACAUUAAACCAACUCAGAAUCUAUCAGGCCUUUCUCAACAUCAGAGAAUCCACACAGGGGAGAGGCCCUGUGAAUGCAAUGAGUGCGGGAUAACUUUCAGUCGCAGCUCGCACUUUAUUGGGCAUCAGAGAAUCCACACAAGGGAGAGAUCCUAUGAAUGCAGUGAGUGCGGGAAAACCUUCAAUCGUAGCUCUCACCUUAUUCAGCAUCAGAGAAUCCACACGAGCAAGAAGCCCCGCGAAUGCCGUCAGCAGGCCUGCACAACUCGUAAAGCGGUGAUGUAGAGAAAUCUCUGUAUUAACUAUCUCUAUAAAUCUUUAUAACGUUGCAUUGUGUUAUUUUGUAUUAAGUAUCUUUCUGUAUUAAGUAUCUUUAUGACAUUGCAUCCGGCAUGAUGUUAUUUUGUAAUUCAUAUGACUUGGCAUUGUGCCUCUCUAUUUUCAUACAACUUUGUAUUAGAUCUCUAUAUAGAAAAUUGGUAGAAAACUUUGUAUCAAAUGUUAUAGCCCCUAAGGAUAGUAUAGUUAAAAUAAAAGAAAACAUGUGCCUUUUUGCUAGAAGUAGAAUAAGAUCUUCCCCCGCACUCUGUAAUCAAUUGCUCUAUUGACUGAAUGAGGUGUGAAUGAGUGAGGCUUGGAAGACACCCACCUCCAGACAGCUACAACAGUUGAAGAGGCAAUGGGAGCCAGAGCAAAGGACAAUACAACUUGUCAAGUGGGCCCAAUAAAGAAGAACAGACAUAUUGAUGGCCUCAGGGAUUAGAAGCAAGCACCUUCUUUAGAAAACACCCUCUUUGAGCAGCAUUGGGACAACACCCAGAGAAAAGCAGCACAAAGACCAACGGAAGCAGACCCAGAUUUUGAAUCUGGUCUAGAUUUACAUAAGAGGGAAGCUGCUAUAAAUGCGAGGUGUCUUGCAGAAGGACCCCGGAUCUCGUCUUGUCACCAUCGGACCAUCGAUUUGGAUCGGUAGAAGCCCGGCUCCACCCCUCCCCCAUCUAACUCACCUGGCCAGUGCAGUUAAGGGGAGCAACUAGUUGGUAACAACAGCAAGACGGAGUGUGUUUAUGUCUGUGUGUGUGCGUGAAUGCAUGACUGUGAUAUAUAUCUCAUGUGCAUAUCAUAGAGUAUUAAUUGAUACCUGUAUUACUAAUAAAUGUGGCAUUUUGCCUUAAUCCCCCUGAAAAGUUCCUGUACAGUACUUUGAGUACAACAGCGAGGGCCACAAUACUCCAAAGAAAACAGCUGAGGACCAAAACCCCCAGGCCCUGC